AUGCCACCUCGGAAGCGCGACUUGGAUCAGACGCAGAGCAGCACGCGGGGGCCUAGUAUGGCCGCCAAGAUGCGUGUGCCGCCCAGCGAAUUUGCGGCGGCCAUGUCUGAGUCGGCCUUGGAAGCAAUUGUGGAGCCGAUCACGUUCAUUCCUUCGGCGUCUGCGGCGCAUAUGCGCAAUUGGGCUGGCGCAUUCCACUCAGAUGUCUCCCAGCACGAUGGCGCCUUUUCGAAGCGGGAGCAGCGAGUCUUUGCUCCGCAUACGAUUGAGCAAGUAGUGGCGAUUGUGGAGCUGGCUCGUCGGCGCUCCAUGCCAGUGCGAGCUGUUGGCCGGCUGCAUUCACCGUCUGACUUGCCGUUCUCGUUAGGGUGGACGAUUCGUAUGGAUGAAUUGCAAGGAGUGGUGAGUAUGGAUGCCGGACCCAUGCAGGUGUGUGCAUUGGGCGGCACGUAUCUACAUACCAUGACGUCCGCCAUGGCGAAGCAUGAUCCACCCUUGGGCUUCCACAACCUGGGCUCCAUUAGCGAACAGACCAUCGCCGGAUUGAUUUCCACAGCCUCACACGGCUCUGGGAUCCAUUUUCCCGUCAUGUCCGCCUGUGUUGAGUCCCUAUGGCUUGUCUGUCCAUUGGACACGGGCGCACAAGUGGUCUCGUGCAGCCGCACAGAGCGUCCAGAGCUGUUCAAUGCCACUCUUUGUGGUCUCGGAGCGACAGGUGUGAUUGUUAGUGUGACGCUGUCCGUGGAAAAGGCCUUUCGGCUCAAACAGGUGACAGAAGAAGCGCCUAUCGAUGCACUUCUUGGCCCACCCGCUGAUCUGUCUACCUCGCUUUCGCCCGACAUGCUAGCGAUGCAGUCGCCUGAAAGCUUCCGUGCGAAUCCAGGCAUGCUUGGCGUCUUGUUGGCGGCCGGUGUGCCUUUGCCACGCUGUGCUACAUACGCCACGCCACCACUGUCCGUCGGGCCGCAGCAGGUGUACCCCUUUGUGGCACAAGGAGACGUGCCUGUGCGUCCGUUGUGGGGCGCCGAGGACGUCCAAGCGCGCGUGGAGCAGCUGGUUCACAGCGCGGAGCACGUGCGAUUUUUAUGGUCGCCGCAUGCCCAGAUGGUCACGAUCGAUCGCGCAUCGCGCACCGAUGCGCCGGCCGAGCCGACACGCUGGAUGACGGCUGCAUACACCUCCCUGACAAACCAUGCGAUCCAGCUUUUGUUGUACGCCUCGCGCUUCCGUGCUGCCUGGCCUGGCCCCGUCGCGCGGUGGGCCUACACGCUGACGCACCCCCGCGCGCCGCGUACGCCACGUGAUCCGUCCGCGGCGCCUGGAGGGUUGGUCCCCCUGUCCACGCAGUCCGCCGUGCAUGUGCACGUUGAUGAAGCGCCGGCCAUCUUCAACUUUGACUGCCUCUUUCCGCAGUACACGUCCGAGUACGCCAUCCCGUACGAGUACACGGGCGCGGCGCUUGUAGCGCUACGUACAUGGCUCGAUCUCGAGCAUGCACAGGACCAGGGCGUGCGUACGCAUUUCCCGAUUGAAGUGCGGUUUGUGGAUGCAGAUGGUAUUUGGCUUAGCAACUGCUACGGCCGCCGUACAUGCUACAUUGGCCUUGUCCAGUACCGUCCGUUUGGGUGCCCUGUGCGAUACCGCCAGCUCUUUGCGCGUUUCGAGGCACUGAUGCGGCAGUUUGAUGGACGGCCGCAUUGGGCAAAGACACACAGCCAUUAUCGCGCCGAGCUGCUUCACAGGUACCCGCACAUGCACCAAUGGCUCGACGUCGUACGUGCGUACGACCCGCAGCGCCUCCUCGUCAAUCCGUACGUCGCACGACACAUGCUCGACGAGCAUGCGUCAGGACGACAAAGUGCCUUCCGACGAAGCAAAUUGUAA